GAGCCGGAGUGUCCUUGGCGCUGCCGGGGCGGCGCGGGCGCGCACCGAACCCCGUCCCCUCCCGUUCCGCCGCAGCCCGCCCAGGGACGUGCUAUGGCUACGUCGAUCCUCGGGGAGGAGCCGCGGUUCGGAACGACCCCCCUGGCCAUGCUGGCCGCCACCUGCAACAAGAUCGGCAACACCAGCCCGCUGACCACGCUGCCCGAGUCCAGCGCCUUCGCCAAGGGGGGCUUCCACCCCUGGAAACGCUCGGCGUCCAGCUGCAACCUGGGCUCCGGCCUGUCGGGCUUCGCGGUGGCCACGAGCAGGGGCUCCGGCGGACUGGGCGGCGGCACGGGCGCGGCCAACAGCGCCUUCUGCCUGGCCUCCACCUCGCCCACCUCGUCGGCCUUCAGCAGCGACUACGGCGGGCUCUUCUCCAACUCGGCGGCGGCGGCGGCGGGCGUGUCCCCGCAGGAGCCGGCCGGGCAGUCGGCCUUCAUCUCCAAGGUGCACGGCGCGGCGGCCGACGGGCUGUACCCGCGGGUGGGCAUGGCGCAUCCCUACGAAUCCUGGUACAAGUCGGGCUUCCACUCCACGCUGUCGGCCGGCGAGGUGGCCAACGGCGCGGCCUCGCCGUGGUGGGACGUGCACGCCAACCCGGGCUCGUGGCUGGAGGUGCAGAACCCGGCGGGGGGGCUGCAGGGCUCGCUGCACUCGGGCGCCCCCCAGGCCUCGCUGCACUCCCAGCUGGGCACCUACAACCCCGACUUCAGCUCGCUCACCCACUCCGCCUUCAGCUCCACCGGCCUGGGCUCCACGGCCGCCUCGCACCUGCUCUCCACCGGCCAGCACCUGCUCGCUCAGGAGGGCUUCAAGCCCGUGCUGCCCUCCUACACGGACUCCAGCGCGGCGGUGGCGGCGGCCAGCGCCAUGAUCUCGGGGGCGGCCGCGGCGGCGGCGGGGGGCGGCUCGGCGCGCUCUGCCCGCCGCUAUUCGGGCCGCGCCACCUGCGACUGCCCCAACUGCCAGGAGGCCGAGCGGCUGGGGCCGGCGGGGGCCAGCCUGCGGCGCAAGGGGCUGCACAGCUGCCACAUCCCGGGCUGCGGCAAGGUGUACGGCAAGACGUCGCACCUGAAGGCGCACCUGCGCUGGCACACGGGCGAGCGGCCCUUCGUCUGCAACUGGCUCUUCUGCGGGAAGCGCUUCACCCGCUCCGACGAGCUGCAGCGGCACCUGCGGACUCACACGGGCGAGAAGCGCUUCGCCUGCCCCGUCUGCAACAAGCGCUUCAUGCGCAGCGACCACCUGAGCAAACACAUCAAAACGCACAACGGGGGCGGCGGGGGCAAAAAGGGCAGCGACAGCGACACGGACGCCAGCAACCUGGAGACGCCGCGCUCCGAGUCCCCCGACCUCCUCCUGCACGACGGGGCGGCCGCCGCCCGCGGCCCGGGCAAGGAACCCCCGGGUGGCCCCGGCGACUCCUAGGGAUCGCCGCCCGCAGCGCGGCCCGGCCCGGCCCGGGAGGGACGGCGGCCACCCGACCCCCCGCCCCGAGGGACGCUUCUGCGAUUUUUCGUUUUUCUGUUUUCUUUUUUUUUCGUUUUUUCUUCCCCCCGUUUCCUUUUUCUCUUCUUUCUGUUGAAAGGAAAGCAUCCUGAGAGGCUGAAGGUGAGAAACUAAGGCGGCAGGCCGAGACGGUUCCUCUGUAUCUCAUAACCAUCUGUAUAAAUAGGGGUCGGAGACGAAACAAAACCCAACCCGAGUGUGGUCGCUUAUUUUUCCUGUAAAUGUGGAUCUGAUAGGGGGGUCGGGGGUUUCCUUUUUAUUUUAUCGGUGAAUUCCUGAAAUUCAGGGAGGUUUUGGGGCUUCGGUUACUUUUUUUUUUUUAAUAAUUAUUUUAUUUUAAAUUUCUGAUGCACUUUGUGGAAGUCAGUAUAUAUGUAAAAGAUAUUUAAAACGUUGAGUUAACAUUUCACUCAAACACACGUAAGUUAAGGUCGCUUAAAGAAAUUAAAUGCGUUUAUCUGUAUGGAAAAAAAAAAAAAAAAAAUCUCGACAUAUUUUCAUUUUGGUAUUAUUAAAGGACUCGCAACCAUCCGCUCGCGGCUCUGUCCUUAUUGGUAGCCGGGGCGGCCCCGGGCUCGCUCAGGGCUGCGGGGCUGGGAUGGCG